CAUGUUUUGUGGAAGAUCCACUGCAUAUGGUUCGAGGUCUGUGUGAAAAUGCCAGUUCAGGAGUUAAUUCGGCUGUAUUUCCAACUAGGACUUCAUUGUAAGGACAUUGCUGCUUUGCUUGCAAGUCGUCAUCGCUAUGUUGUGUCUGAAAGACAUUUAAAACGAAUUCUGAAGGCAUGUAGUCUGUCUCGGCGCAAGGGAUACACCUCUUUGGAUCGUGUGGUUGAUUUCAUUCACCAGCAGUUACAAACAAGUGGCCAGCUGUGUGGGUAUAGGUGGAUGUACACUAAAUGCAAGGAGAAUGGAUUACACGUCAAGAAAGAAGAGGUACGCUUAAUUCUUAAAGAACUUGACCCAAGGGGUGUUGAACUCAGAGGAAGGAGACGGCUCCAUCGUCGAAACUAUUUUGCAAAAGGGCCCAAUUAUAUUUGGCACUUUGACUCUUAUGACAAACUGAAACCAUUUGGUAUCUGUAUAAACGGCUGUAUUGACGGAUUUUCCCGGAAAAUUAUCUGGAUGAAUGCAUUUACGACCAGCAGUGACCCAAAAAUCAUUGGAGGCUACUAUAUGGAGGCAGUGAAGAAAUCCGGUGGUUGUCCGAGGAUUGUCAGAGGCGAUCGUGGCACUGAAAAUGUUAAAGUCAGAGACUUUCAGCGUUUUCUCCGUCGCAACAUUCAUGACGGCUCUGGUAUUGACAGCUACGUCGAAGGGGCAAGCACAGCAAAUCAGCGCAUAGAGAGUUGGUGGGGUUUCCUCAGAAGGGAAUCAAUGGAGUUCUACAUCUCUCUGUUCACUGACCUGAAGGACCGUGGUUUGUUCGGUGGUACAUACUUGGACCGAGGUCUAAUUCAGUUCUGCUUUAUGAGCAUCAUUCAGGAUGAAUUAGACGAGACCAUCCAUGUGUGGGAUUCACAUGUCAUCAGACCAUCAAAGAAUGACAGGGUGCCCAGUGGUCGCCCCCGAAUCAUGUACAUGUUCCCAGAACUCUACAGAACUUAUGACUGCAUUUCCCCAGUGGACAGAGCUGAUGUACAGUUGUGUCAGAGUAACUGCACAUUUCGACCAGCAGUGCCAUGUGACACAGACAUCUACAAGAUCUGCAACAUUCUGAUGGCAGAGUCACAGCUGCAUCUUCCUGCUGAUGCUUAUCAAGCAUUGGAUUUGUAUCUGCAUUUGAGGAAUGAGAUAACAUCCGCUCUCUAA